GCCAGUCAAGCAGUGGCAGGCGGCCCGCCGCUCUGCCGGCGCCGCCCCGCACCUCGCGGGGGCGGCGCGGCGGCGCCCCGCGGCCGGGCGAGGCCCCCCCGCGCGCCCGCGGCCGAUGAAGCUGCUGGGCAAGAAGUUCGACAAGGACGGGAGCGGAGAUGCGACCCUCGUCCCCGAGGAGUCGGAGGACCUGUGGCACCUCUACAACAGCUCGGCGGGGGGACAGGGUCAGGGCCAUGACUUGGCGCAAGGUUCAGAAGGAGGGCAGCACCGGGACCGUGCAGACAGAGACGAAGAAGAUCAUGCUGACCAUCGAGGUCAAGUCGGUGGAGUACGACGCCGCGGGUGAUCUUAUCAGGUUCUCUGGGAAGAACUGUGAGGAGAACCAGUACGUCAAGAUGGGACAGGCCCACACAAUUGGUAUCGAGUUGAACAACAAGAUCACCGUAUUUAAAGACUGCUGGGAUUUUAUGUUCCUGCAGCAGUUGAACCAGGCUACCGAUGUGCACAAAACGGCAGAGGUAGCCGCUGUUUUAUUAGACGCAGGUGUUGCAAAUUAUUUUCUGUUGACAGCUGUUUUGGCGAAGGAUGUGCAUAAGGUCUCAGUGCAGCUUCCCAAGAAGCGUGUGACCACUACAGGCUAUGACAAGGCUGUGGUCCGCUUCUACGAGCAAGUGUACGCUGGGAUAAGAGAGCACAUCAAUCUUGACCUUGUCAAGUGUGUUGUCUUGGCGGGCCCUGGCUUUGUUAAGACUGAUUUUCUAGAAUGGAUGAUCCUCAGAGCGACGCAGACAGGAGACUCGGCGACUUUGAAAAAGAAGAGCGUCUUCGUGGCAGCGCAGGCUUCGUGCACGCACAAGCAGGCGCUGAAAGAACUCUUGGCGGACGAUCAGGUCCAGAAGAGCAUCGCGAACACCAAGGCCGCUCUGCACCUGAAGGCGCUCGAAGAGUUCUACAGCCUCGUCAAGGACGAGCCCGACAGGGUCUGCUACGGGCCUCUGCAGGUCAAGAAUGCAGUCGAAAGCGGCGCCGUGGCCACGCUGAUGGUGACCGACUCGCUCUUCCGCAACGCCAACGUGUCGCUGAGAAGACAGUAUGUCGAGCUGACGGAGACGGUGAAGGACUCCGGCUCCACAGUCCACAUAUUCUCCUCGCAGCACGUCAGCGGCGAGCAGCUCGCGCAGCUGAGCGGCCUGUGCGCCAUCCUUCGGUUCCCGAUGCCCGAGCUGGACGACAUAGACAGCGAGGCGGAGCUGGACGGGGCUGGCGCGGGCGAGGCGGAGGGCUGCGAGGCGGGAGGCCCCGCGGACGGAGACGAGGACUGCGAGGCCCUCAUGUGAUCACGAGCGGCAUCGGGCGACGAGGUCUGUCCAGAUCCACUGCCGCUGGCCAGGCCCAUCCUGGGCCCAGGACCGGAGCUAAACACACACACACAUAUAUAUCAGAGUGAGAUGGGCGAACGGUCAUUCUCUGUCGCUGGGCGCGUGGCUGACGUGAGGAUCUGUGGUGCGGAUUGUUGAU